AUGACCCCUACUAUUCCACGGAUUAUCCUUUCGCUAGACAACCUGUACGUUGCCUCUUCCCGCAGCCGCUCGGAGACGAUUCGGACUGCUCCUGCACCCGGCCUGAAUCUCCCCGAGGACAUUCAGGGUUACCACACGCUCGUCCCACUCGAGCCCAUCGUCGGCGAGCGGCGCAAGUUCGGAAAUUGGUAUUCGGCGGUGUACCGUGCGACCAAUUCCGCUGAUGGUGUUGCCUACGCACUACGAAGGAUCGAGAACUUUCGCCUGAUGCAGCAGGCGGCCUUCUCCAGCAUCGAGGCGUGGGCCCGCAUCCGACACCCGAGCAUCGUUUCUGUGCACGAGGCGUUCACGAGCCGCGCGUUUGGCGACUCUUCACUCGUGGUGGUGUACGACUACCAUCCGAACUCGCAGACGCUGUUCGAGGCGCACAUCAAGUCGAAGGCGCCUCAAUUCCAGAACGGGCGCUUGCAGGCGCAGCACUCGCGCAUCGGGGAGCGCACGCUCUGGUCGUACAUCGUGCAGAUCGCGAACGCGAUCAAGGCCGUGCACGACGCAGGCAUGGCGGUGCGGAUCAUCGACGCAACGAAGAUUCUUGUCACCAGCGAGAACAGGGUCCGCAUCAGCUCGUGCGGCGUCAUCGACGUGCUCACGUAUGAAUCGCGUGCGGACAUUGCGAUGCUGCAACAGGAAGACCUCGUCAUGUUCGGAAAGCUUGUCUUCGCGCUGUGCUGCAACAACCUGGCCGCGAUGAACAACUUUCCGAAGGCCGUCGAGAACCUUAGCCGGCACUACUCUGCAGACGUCAAGGCCGUCGCGCUUUUCCUCGUCUCGAAGCCUGCGCCCAACAAGACCAUCGGCCAUCUGUUCGAGAUGAUAGGCAGCAGACUUUUGACCGAGAUGAACGAGGUACAAAAUGCCGUCGACCGCCUGGAGGGCGAGCUCAUGUCGGAGCUUGAGAACGGACGCCUUGUUCGCCUGUUGUGCAAGUUCGGCUUCAUCAACGAACGCCCGGAGUUUGCACGCGAGCCGCGGUGGUCUGAGACCGGCGACCGGUACAUCAUCAAGCUGUUCCGGGAUUUCGUCUUCCACCAGGUUGACGAGCUGGGUAAUCCCGUCGUGAACCUGUCGCAUGUCCUCACGUGUCUCAACAAGCUUGAUGCGGGAUCGGACGAGCGCAUCAUGCUCGUGGCGCGGGACGAGCAGAGUUGUCUCGUCGUGAGCUACAAGGACGUCAAAGCAUGCAUCGACGCGGCGUUCAUCGAUCUCGCACGGCGGUGAGGAGCAGGCGGCCAUUUCUUGCCUAGAAAAUCAGUAGAAUCUAGAAAAAGACGCAGAAAAUAUAUACAAAAGACUGUUGACUCUCA